AUGUCUGCUCCUACUACACCAACUUUCAAGCUCGUCCUUGUUGGUGACGGUGGUACUGGUAAGACCACCUUCGUCAAGCGCCACCUUACUGGUGAAUUCGAAAAGAAGUACAUCGCAACCCUCGGUGUCGAAGUGCACCCUCUGACCUUCACCACCAACCUGGGAACGAUUCAGUUCGAUGUAUGGGACACAGCUGGUCAGGAGAAGUUCGGCGGUCUGAGAGAUGGAUACUACAUCAACGGCCAGUGUGGUAUCAUCAUGUUCGAUGUCACCUCCCGUAUCACGUACAAGAACGUCCCCAACUGGCACCGUGACCUCGUCCGUGUCUGCGAGAACAUCCCCAUCGUUCUCUGCGGCAACAAAGUCGAUGUUAAGGAGCGCAAGGUGAAAGCCAAGACCAUUACUUUCCACCGCAAGAAGAACCUCCAGUACUACGAUAUCUCGGCCAAGUCCAACUACAACUUCGAGAAGCCCUUCCUGUGGCUCGCCCGCAAGCUAGUCGGCAACGCCGCCCUGGAAUUCGUUGCUGCCCCUGCUCUUGCUCCUCCUGAGGUCGCUGUCAAUCCACAGCUCAUGGCUGAGUACGAGAAGGAGAUGGAGAGUGCUGCUGCCAUGCCUCUGCCCGACGAGGAGGAUGCUGAUCUGUAA